GCGUUUGAGGCAGUAGAUACAACAGAACGAUUUUCUUUUGUUUUAAUCUUGGCAACAUUGUAGCCUUCAGUACCAGCUGUAGCUAUAUCCGAAUGUUGUUAGACACUGUAACAGUAGCCUAGCCUAAUCUUUUAGGCCUGUAAAAGGUGAUCAUAUAGGCUACAGUGUCAGGUCAUGCUAACUAUAACAUUCACUUCAAUGUGUGUCUCUCUGUGUGUGUGUGUGUGUGUGUUUCGGCGAACCUUCCGUGCAGAUUUUAUCCAUGAAUUGAGGUUGUUUUAAAAGUUGCCCAGGAUACCAAAGGAUACAAAUGGACAUUUUAGGCUGUAUCUUUUUCACAAAGGUUACCUAAAGCGUUAAUGAUAAAUAUAUUAAUCGAUCUUAGGAAACACAGCUCCUUUAGUCAUAUGGCCACUUCAGUCACAAUCUGGCUGGAACGUACGUCUUCGACCGGUCGGACCGGUUUCUUAACGUUGUUGUGAAAGAUCAAGAGUGACUCGCACAGACUAGAAUUAUUAGUGUGUUUGCGGUGUAGGGUAUCGUUUUCGAACAUCUGCGUACGCAACGCCCCGAACGAGUAGCCCCCAGAUUCCUGCCCGGUCCGAGUGAAAGCAGGCGUUUCACUUCGUACUCUCCCAUUCUAGGCUGUGUACAAAUUGUAGCCAAGUCAAGAGAAGGAAUACAUCGUCGAUUCAGUACUGUGAAGCAGCUUAUUCGUUCUGUUCAGCUCGAUUCGGUAUUGAUAGUGUGCUGAAGUGAUCAGUUACACUACGAUGGAAGUGGGACGGAGGUUCCAGACCUUAUGCUGCUGCGUCUUCUCGGGUUAGCUAUCUGAAAGCUGAUCAAAUGGACACGAUGUUACUGGCCUCUGCCGUGGUCGUCUGGGAAUGGCUCAACGAACACGGACGGUGGCGUCCCUACAGCCCAGCCGUGUCUCACCAUAUCGAGGCGGUGAUACGAAGCGAUCCUCGGGGCGGCAGCGUUGUGCUAGGCCAAGUCGACAACCGCCUCUCGCCGUAUAUUAUAGAUCUGCAAUCCAUGCAUCAGUUCCGACAAGAUACGGGCACAUUGAGACCAGUACGACGCAGCUUCUAUGACCCCACGUCAGCGCCGGGCCAGGGUUGGUUGUGGGAGUGGGAGAAUGACACCGGCUCCUGGACGACGUACGACAUGGAAGUCGGCAUCGCCAUCCAGGCGGCGCGGGACCGUAACCAACCCUGGCUGGACCUGGCGCCGCUGGGGUUUUGCUACCUCAUCGAUUUCCAGAGCAUGACGCAGAUCAACCGGCAGACGCAACGGUGCAGACGCAUCCAGCGGCGCUCGGACAUGGCCUACCCUCUCGUGUCUGGCCCGCUCCCCAAAUCGGCCCAAGGAGGCUGGGCCACCUCAGGCACAGGGGGGCUCUUAGGUGUUGGGGUGUCUGGUGUCACCCUGUCCAGUGGGGGACACAAUGGCGGUAGCAGCAGUAAUGGGAGUGUUGUGUAUCCCAGCAGUACGGUCUCCAUGUCCUCCCUAGCCUCUCUAGGUCAGCCUUGUGCCUGUCAGCAGUGUAUGCUUGUCAUGAGUGUCAAAGCCAAUGCUAUGGCGGCAUCGCACACUUUGGGCCGCAAGCCCUCGCAGUCCAAGCCGUCCCUGAGCCCUAAAGGUACAGCCGCAGGUACUUCUGGUUCCGCCGGUACGAACUCGAACUCGUACUCGCACACUCUUCCACACGCACUCUCGUACGCCUCCUCAGCGAGGACUCUCUCCCCGCGCAGAAGCGCGGCCGCGUUCGCCCACUCCAUUUCCCUGCUCGCUUCCGGCACUGCCACGCUGUCUGUCUCCAACCGACCACCUCCGCCACCUCUGCCCCCACCCCAGCCACCCACACCAGCCAAUCAGCAGCAGCUCCAAGGCACGUCUUCCACACCUGGCCCCCCUCCUUCUUCCUCCCCCUCCACCACUUCGACGCCAUCGGUGCCCACUGCCACGCUCAUCACUACGGCGACCACCACCACCUCUUCGUCCUCACCUCUUCCUUUGCCUUCACCUGCCGUGCCCGCGCAGCGCUCCGCCGCCUGUGCCGCCCCACUGCCGCCCCGUGCCAGCUUGGCAGGCCUCAGCCGUCCUGCCCUGCAACGCAUUGCCAUGGCACAGUCGCGGGCACUUAUUGCCUCAGGGGUGCCCACGGUGCCGGUGAAGAACCUGAGCGGCGCCAGCCCGGUGCACCCGGCGCUGGCGGGCAUCACAGGGAUCCUGAUGAGCGCCGCCGCUCUGCCUGUGUGCCUCACGCGCCCGCCCAGGCUGGUGCUGCACCCGCCGCCCGUCAGUAAGAGCGACAUCAAGCCCAUCCCUGGCCUCGGCCACUGCUGCCGCAAGACCACCAAGAAGCAGGCUCGCAAGGGCAAGACCCCAGAGGAAGUGGUGAAGCGCUACCUGCAGAAGGUCCGGAACACCCCUGAGGAGGACUGCACCAUCUGUAUGGAGGCUCUCGGGGGUCCGUCCGGCUACAAAGGCCCCGGAGUCGGGGUCUCUCGGGGAGAGUCAGUGGGCCGUCUGGCCCAGUGUGGCCACCAGUACCACGUCCAGUGCCUGGUGGCCAUGUACAACAAUGGCAAUAAAGAUGGCAGCCUCCAGUGUCCAACGUGUAAGACCAUUUACGGGGUGAAGACGGGAAACCAGCCGCCUGGCAAGAUGGAGUACCACGUCAUCCCGCACUCCCUGCCAGGGCACCCCGACUGCAAGACCAUCCGCAUCAUCUACAACAUCCCCCCAGGCAUCCAGGGACCUGAGCACCCAAACCCAGGCAAACCUUUCACCGCAAGAGGCUUCCCUCGUCACUGCUAUCUCCCUGACAGCGAGAAGGGGCGCAAGGUGCUGCGGCUGCUACUGGUGGCAUGGGACCGGCGUUUGAUCUUCUCCGUGGGCACGUCCAGCACCACUGGCGAGUCCGAUACCGUCAUCUGGAAUGAGGUCCACCACAAGACCGAGUUUGGCUCCAACCUCACAGGCCACGGGUACCCUGACCCUGGCUACCUGGACAAUGUUUUGGAAGAGCUGAAAGCCCAGGGCAUCACAGAGGACGAGAUCCAGCAGUGAUGAGGAACAGAGGGAGAGAGGGCAGGGUGAAGCACAGAAGAGAAACCCUGCCAGAGCUUCAGAUGCUGGGGGAGAGAGGACAUGGGGGAGGGGGGGGGGGGGGCACUGGAGGGCUGCCAGGCUGUGAGAGUGAACAUGGAGACGGAGAGGAAUGAAGUCCCUUGCUGCAGUGACAUGCAGAAUGUGAAUAUGACUUAAUCUGACUUAUAAAAGCUAAAACUGUGUGCGAUGCUCCCAGGUACAGACAGUAUCGCCGACUAAACCUUAGGUAUGAAGUACAUAAAGCAUUGGCAUUAAAGAGAUACUAUUUGUUUUAUUAUUAUUAUUAUUAUUAUUAUUAUUACAUUAAUUAACACACUGAUGCUAACCCAGAGAUGUGAGUAAAGAGGCUUUAGAGUGAGAGGGAAAGGAAAGAACAGAUGGAGAAAAGAUUCCCUGAGCAGGGAAAAGAUGGGACAUGGAAGGAAGAAAGAAAGAACAGAUCAGAGAGGGAGGUGGAGUGGAACUCCGAGAGGAGAUGAAGUAGAUGAAAAGAAUGAUAAAAGGUGGUCUAUGAAUGUAGUUUCUAACCUAGGGGAUAGGACUUUUUCUUUCUUAGCAAAAUCCAAAAUAUUGAGGCUGUUUGGUGGAGUGCUUGCAUGUGGGGCUUGGAUUUGAGGAUGUGCAACAUACUUAUGGUGGGAUGGCUGGUAUUCAGUGCUUGUUCGAAUUUUGACUCUCUGGCGCCCUCAAGUGUCUCAAAAACAUUCCAUGUGGGAGAGGUACAUUUUACUACAAAUACCUUUGUCAGUAUCUCUGUUGUUUAAUAUCAUGCAAUGCAUUAGUUACAUCAUGUACUUACAUUACUUUUAUGUAUUACUUUUGUACAGGUUAUGUAUGAUGAUGUGUUCUUUUUACUUUUGUACUCACAAUAUUUUGGGACUGUGGUGGCACUCCACACCCAAGUGUUGUGCCAUGGAUACGAAUUUUUCCUAUUUGAGUGGAUGGUGGCUCUGCCUCCAUUUGUGUCUUUGUGUUGAGACAUGUAAAUUAACAGCCUCUUUUGCUUGUCAAGGGGAGGUGAUAAGGUGAUCAAUGAUUGCUGCCCCUGGUAUAAGACAAUACAAAAGACAAAAAAAGCUAGCAAGAACUUCCGAUUGAACAGAAUAUGGUGUCAAGUGUGGAGCAACCAGUAGGAUCAUCCAGGUCAAGACCACUGUGUGGGCAGUUGUAGCAAAAAUGUAUUUCCUCAAAUAAGUCACUUGAGAAGAAACCCCCGUCCCUCCUUGCUGAAAGUACAUAACCGGGCAUUAUAAUUUUUGUAUUACCCAUGAGGGUGAUGUUCUAGUGCCAUAUGAAUAUUAAUGAUGCACCC